GGCGCCAAGGCAACUGAGAUUAUCACAGUUUGGGGAGAGACCCCGGUUCUCCCAGGGAGUCGCAAUGGCUCCGGUAUCCGGCUCGCGCAGUCCGGAGGGGGAGGCCUUGGGCUGCAGUGGAAGACGCCGCAGUUCGUCAAGGAGUCCCAAGCUCAGUAAAUCUGUUCGCUCCCCGCGGGGCCGCCGCUCGCGUUCGCGUUCGCGCUCGCGAUCGCACUCGCACUUGCACUCGCACUCGCACUCGCACUCGCACUCGCAUUCGCACUCUUGCUCUCGGUCCGUGGACAGGAAUGGCCUCGGCCAUCAGCUGGGUGGGUUCGGCCAAAGCACCCGAAAGCAGUCCUACCGCUCCCGCUCGCGAUCGCGGUCUCGAGAACGGCCCUCAGCACUGCGCGGCACCCCCUUCGCUUCUGUCUCGUCCGCCUACUAUGUCACCUACUCGCGCCCCUAUGGGAGCGACAAGCCGUGGCCUAGCCUUCUCGACAAGGAGAGGGAGGAGAGUCUGCGGCAAAAGAGAUUAAGUGAAAGGGAAAGAAUUGGAGAGUUGGGAGCUCCUGAAGUAUGGGGACUUUCUCCAAAGAAUCCGGAACCAGACUCUGAUGAACAUACACCAGUAGAGGACGAAGAACCAAAGAAAAGCACUUCUUCAGCAUCUACUUCAGAAGAAGAUAAAAAGAAGAAGAAGAAAUCCAGUCAUUCAAAAGAAAGGUCCAAGAAAAAGAGAAAGAAAAAAACAUCUAAAAGAAAACACAAGAAGUAUUCUGAAGAUAGUGACAGUGACUCUGAUUCUGAAACAGACUCUAGUGAUGAAGAUACAAAAAGGAGAGCCAAGAAAGCCAAGAAGAAGGAAAGGAAGAAGAAACACAGAUCGAAGAAAUACAAGAAAAAGAAGUCUAAGAAGAGCAGAAAAGAAUCCAGUGAUUCAAGCUCUAAAGAUUCCCAAGAAGAGUUUCUGGAGAAUCCCUGGAAGGAUAGAUCAAAGACUGAAGAACCCUCAGAUUUAAUUGGCCCAGAGGCUCCGAAAACACUUGCUUCUCAAGAUGAUAAACCUUUGAACUAUGGCCAUGCUUUGUUACCUGGUGAAGGUGCUGCUAUGGCUGAAUAUGUAAAAGCUGGAAAACGUAUCCCACGAAGAGGUGAAAUUGGUUUGACAAGUGAAGAAAUCGCAUCGUUUGAAUGUUCAGGUUACGUAAUGAGUGGUAGCAGGCAUCGCCGAAUGGAGGCUGUGCGACUGCGAAAAGAGAACCAGAUCUAUAGUGCUGAUGAGAAGAGAGCCCUUGCAUCCUUUAACCAAGAAGAGAGACGAAAGAGAGAGAACAAGAUUCUGGCCAGUUUUCGAGAGAUGGUAUACAGAAAGACCAAAGGGAAGGAUGACAAAUAAAGAUGUUCUGAUUGUGCCAUGGACAUGCUUACCAAAAAAAAAAAAAGAAAGUCUGGGUUCCACACAUAAACACAGAAAGAUUAUCAUUCUCUGAAAAAGCUUUACAGUGCUACUGUGCCUUCUAUUUAAUUCUUUCAGUCCUCUGAUAAAAACCUGCUUAUUGAUAGAACUUUA